AUGUCCUUCCCUGAAAACCAACCCAUUUUUCCCCCUGGCCUUCCUCAUCCGCCUCCCAACGGCGGACCUGACCAGAUUCAAAACGCGGCAGUUCCUUACUCGCACGCUUUCCUGGCGCCUUAUCCUCAGGUUAACCACACCUCUCAAGCCGCGUCUGGGCAACAGAUUGGGGUUUCUGUCAAUGCGCAACCGAUGUCCUACAUUCAAUCGGUAGGCUUGGGCAAUGGUGCCGUGCCCAUCGCAUCUGCGGGUCAAGUGUAUCCAGCGACUGCACCUUUGAAUGGGAACACAACGGCAUCCGCAGUCGUUCCUUCUGCUCAACGCAUCAUUCAACCUGGUACAAUAGUAACUGGAGCUACCCUAGGCACUUCGGCGAAUACUGCUGGGUACGGGUUGAAUGUUCGUCCGGUAAACGGUAGCCCAGGGUUGGCGACGUCGGUGGGAGCGGGGAAUGUCUAUCAAAAAGGGGUUGUCGGUAAUGAUAGACCUGUCGCUACGUACGCCACGGCCAUAGCGGCCCAAAACAACGCCGCUCAAGCAGUGCCAUUGGCAAAUUCGGUACCUCCGCCCCCUCCUGCGUCGGCAGUGGGUUCGACCAACCCCAGUACUCAAGGUACAAAUCAAACCAACAACUAUGGGCGUGUACAACCAUCUUCUAAACCGUGCCGAGUUUCAGUGGAGGACUACCUGACGAGACCGGAUUACUUACCUACAGGGGCAUUGUUGGGCGGAAGCGCUUGGACUCAAGUCGGAAACUUCAACUGGUACAGCAUCUCGGGCACCAACGAAAAAGUCGUAAUGACCGUUAUUGGGAAAGUUUCGAGAAACCGCCUCAACGUCGAUCCUAACGGGACGUACAACGGGAAGCAUCCUCUCAAGAAGGCCAAGUUCGGAUUCACCCUGGUCGUACCCGAUCAAUCCAACCCGUUCCACGCCCACUUCCAACAGGCCAUCGCUUUUUUAACACAGCUUCAGGCCGCGAUUGCUCAGUCUAACGAUCAACGAUAUCUGUUGGUGCAAGACAACGGUCAAAUGGGUCUGCGCUUAAGUCAAGAUAUGUUCGCAGAAAGAGAGGAACCGUUGAACCCACAUGUAUACGAUUUGACUGUAAACUGGCCUAUGGACCCACAGUAUCGCAACGAGCUCCUCGCCAACGCUCCCCACGUGGAAGUCAAACCCUUGAUGGCCUACGAUUACUCCGACGUACUCCUUGCCCCUGAGCGUGUCAAGUGGGCCUUGGCGGGCGCACUCGUUGAAGCUACUUUCACUCUUCGCCACUGCGUGGUGAACGACGUCGCAUUACACGAUGUAUUCACUGGUGGCUUGUUGCAAGUGCGAGUGCUUGAGGAAGGAUCAAGGGAGGUUAACCCUUUCAGAGCGAAUCCAGGAGGAGGACCGGUUCUUGAGCCUGUUCAUGGGAUGGUAAACGGUCAAUUCAUGCCAGCCAUAACCGGUCACGUACUUCAAUCGGGGGGUCAUCGUGUUCAACCUCCCCUUGCCCUCCCACUCCAGCCAGGCUCUCAGCUUGCUCAUCCGUUGACGGUCAACCAAACGGCCAUGCUCCAAUACUACCCCACCGCCACAGCCUUCCAACAUCACCCGGCGCCGUCCUUGAACCCUGGCAUGUACUACUCGCCGGCGACAGGCGUUAACGAGGCCCAAGUGUACCCAACAUUGGUGUCCAUGGCAGGUGCGCAGGGCCAUCCCUUAUAUGCCUCCGCGUCCCACGUCCAGCCGAGUUCCACAGCGACUGAAGGCGGCAACGGUUCGACACCGGGUGAAGUGGCAUUGGCACAGACGGCUCUGGGAGGCAACAGAGUUACUGUUCCUCGACACGAUGGCGUUUCGGUGAUGUCUACCAAACUUCCUGCUGCAGUUGCUGCGACUCCGUCGUCCCAAGUGUCGAACGAUGGCCGGGCAAGUGCGAGCCAAGAAGCUUCACCUUCCUCGGUGGACCCUGAGGCGAAUAGUGUUCCUCCAAAUGACGUAGCCCGGACUCCCGACGGCACCCAGAUUGUCAAGACGUGCGCGCAGGUGACAACUCCUCUCCGCCCUCAGGCAUCUCCUUGGAUUGCGAACGGGUAUCUCCCUACUCCACAAACUCCUUCCACCUGGCGUCCUCCUUCCCAACUCGAUGCCCAGGCCAGAAGCUUGUACGGUGGUCAGACGAAGAGAGGUGCUGCGGAUGGCGUCGCCGCAGGGAAUGCAGAGCAGUCGGUCAUUUCGUGUUCAAUCUCGAACGCCACUUCGUCUACCAGGGAUUCUAGGUCAGGUAUUAGUGGUGGACCAUGUGCCGCGGCUAAACAACCCACCGAUACGUCCUCCUUGCUUCCCGCUUUACCGGUCCAAAGUAUCAACAACUCGAACGCCGGUUCCCUCUUCCAUACCACCCACUCUCGAGAUCAAAACGGGGCUUCAUCGUCCACUACGGCAGGUGUUGAGACGCCAACUUCAGCUACGGAUGUCAAUGCCAACGUUGCAGGAAAGGGAGGAGAUGCGUUGGUUCCGCGAGUCCCUACGGGGCCUGUUGAGCCACUGGUCGACAAGGGGAAGGGGAAGGGAAAAGGUAAGCGGCCGGUUGAAGACGGGGAGGACACCGAACCCCCGGCUCGCAGGACUAGGCAGAAUACGGCGACUGGUGCUUGA